AUGACCAAGGUGAAGAGAAAGUUCUAUGUGUAUGAAGACGAAGAAAUGGCACAGCGGUCAGCGAAGCACAAGAAUCACAUCACGAAGGAUAUGUACCUUGCGGCUGUUACAAGGCCUCGCUACGAUUACAAGUCAAGGCGUUUUUUCGACGGCAAGUUGGGCAUAUGGCCAAUUGUGGAGGACAUAGUCGCUCAAAGGAGCAGCAAAAACGGCCAAAAGUUAAUCAUGGACAAAGUCGUUCCAGCCAUCGCGACCAAAUUCCCCCGCUCAUACCAUGCGAAGACGGUUUUCCUCCAACAGGAUAACGCCAGCCCUCACUGUUGCAUCACAUCCGAGUACAUACGGUCGAAAGGCUAUCAGUAUAUUGAAGUCGCCAAGCAACUAGCAAAUAGUCCAGACUUCAACGUUUUGGACUUAGGAUAA